UAAUCUUAUGCUUCCGGAAGUGCUGUUUUGUCUGUGUUUACAGCUGGCAAUGAUUGAGGUGGAUAUUUCUCUCCUAAACAAUGCCUCUUGGAUUGAAGCCAACUUGCAGUGUCUGCAAAACAAAUUCAUCUUCCAUGUGGAAGAAGGGAAACCAAGGAGAAAUUCUCUGCAAUAACUGCACAGGGAAGAGUGUCGGUGGAGGAGGUAAUCACAGCAGCGUUUCUGGUGGAUGCAGUGCCUUCAGCGGGCCAAGUUUUGCAAGUACCUCCACUUCACAACAGAGUAAUGGCGGCAGCAGUAAACAGUCCAAGCAGGAGAUCCACAGACGAUCUGCCCGUCUCCGGAACACAAAGUACAAGUCUGCACCAGCUGUUGAAAAGAAAGUUUCUACUAAAGGAAAAGGAAGACGGCACAUAUUUAAGCUGAAAAAUCCCGUUAAAGCACCUGAAGCUGUAUCUACAAUAGUAACUAGCGAGUCCAUCUUCCAUAAGGGAUUGUUCUAUCAGAUUGGAGAUGUGGUUUCUGUUGUCGAUGAGGACGAUGGUAAAACGUAUUAUGCACAAAUCCGAGGCUUCAUUCAGGAUCAGUAUUGUGAAAAAAGUGCUGCUCUCACAUGGCUAAUACCUACAAUAGCCAGCCCACAGGACUGCUUUGAUCCAGCAUCUUACAUUAUAGGACCAGAUGAAGACCUUCCCAGGAAGAUGGAGUGUCUGGAGUUUGUAUGUCACGCACCUUCAGAAUACUUUAAGUCUCGCUCUUCACCUUUCCCCACCAUUCCCACCAGACCUGAAAAGGGGUACAUUUGGACUCGUAUUGGCCCUACUCCUGCAAUCAAUAUAAAAGACUGUCUUGCCAAUCACUUUUAGCUAGGUGGUUCUUGUCUACUCUUGUUGUGUGCUUUUGGGGCCAAAUGUUCAAUUCCUGGAUGGCAUUUCAAUUCAGUAACUCAAGUCCCUGUGUCCUGAUUGCACAGCUGGUGCAUUUACUGAAGCUGUUCAUGAUUGCUGGACAUGGAUGCACUCAUAUUUCAUUUGCUCUCUAAACUGAGCACUCAAUCCAGCAGCACUCAUCAUGGACACAUGACAGAUAGGCUUGCGAGCUGAUGAUGGAAAAGGGGUGACGUCAGGCAUGUUAACAGUGUUAUGACUCAACACUGAUAUCUAAAUCACAAAAUGACGUGCUGUGAUUUUAACUGACUGAUGGUUUUAUACUGUGUGAAAUGUAUUAUGUACAGCAUUUUGUGUGUAUAUAUGUAUAAAAACGUAUAUAAAAGUAUAUGUAAUCUAAUUGGCUUCUAACGCUUUACCUUUUAUUUCAUAGUUGAAUAAU